CAGACGAUAGGUGCUGUCUUUUACGUUCUGCCGUACGGUGAUGCUGCGAUAGAGUAAGCUCGAUAACUGGUGCCUUCAGCUCUCGCUACGUACUUAUGCUUCUAUAAGUGAUGGCCUUAGAUGAAAAGAACGGGAAAACAUGUAAAGCUAUACUCAUGGACGGGGAAUAUGCCGAGGCAGGCCAACCUCCACCUCGAUCUCUUGCGACUCCCCCAGUUCUCCGCAACAGGGGUCUCCGCAUCCAGUUUUCCACUGCUGACCAUCUACCCGGGUUUCUGGGACCUCACUUGGUAGAGGGAGCUAUAUUUCGCCUGUACCCUUGUUCGGGGGCCGACCGCGGCUGUUAUUAUAUAUAACCCUCACGGACGUCGUGACAUUCGUCUGUCUUGUUCCUCUUCGCUACUCUGUAUGGUCAACAUGGCGAAUGGGAAAUCUACCCCAGCGGCGGCUCAAGCCGACGAUGCUAUCACGCCGGCCAGGGAAGCGCCCGCCCGGCAUCCUACCGUCAAGCAUAUUGAUAAGGCCGCCGAGUUCAUCGCUGAACAUGGCGAGGUCACAUUUGACUACGAGGAGGAGCACCGAGUCCUGAAGCUAAUCGAUAGACGUAUCCUUCCUCUCAUCCUCGGCGCCUAUUUCUUCCAGCAGCUAGACAAAUCGUCUCUUUCGCAGGUGUCUAUCUUUGGCAUCAUCGAGGACGCGAAUCUCAAGUCUCUGGAAUACUCGUGGUUGGGGUCCAUCCUCUACUUCGCCCAGCUCAUCUUCCAACCCCUCGCUGCCUUUAUCCUCGUCCAGUACCCUACCGGUAAAGUCAUCGGAGUAGCCAUCAUAUGCUGGGGAACUUCCCAAGCCAUCAUGGCAGCGUGUACUAAUUUUGGCUCUCUCCUGGCCCUGCGAUUCCUACUCGGCUCCUUUGAAGCGAUGAUCGCGCCGUCCUGUUUGGUGGUGACGCAAAUGUGGUGGCGACGUUCAGAGCAGACACUGCGGACUUCGUACUGGAACGCAAUGAACGGCAUGACUUUCAUCGUCGGUAGUCUGGUGGUUUAUGGCCUCGGCCACGUCCAGAGCGAAAAGAUAUUCCGAUACCAGACCGUUUUCAUUUUCUGCGGCGUCCUCACCGUCAUCUUUGGCAUCGUUUUUAUCACCUUCAUGCCUGACUCCCCUAUGGAGGCCAAGUUCAUGACGGAGCGUGACCGCAUCAUCGCGGUGGAGAGGCUGCGCGCCAACCAGAUGGGUGUCGCGACCCGUAAGUGGAAAUGGGAGCACGUCUGUGAAACAGCCCUGGAUUUCAAGACACUCCUAUGGUUUCUCCUCAUCGUGGCCAUCUCGAUCGCCAGUGGCGGCAUCAGUACUUUCGGUAACCUCAUCCUCAAGGACUUCGGCUUUACCAAUUUCACCGCCAUCCUCUUUACCAUGCCGACGGGUGCCAUACAGGUCUUCGUCAUCAUCGGCUCGGCCUGGAUCUCUACCAAGAUCGGCCGGAAGGGCAUCGUCAUCACUGGAAUCAGUGUUCUGCCAACUAUUGGUACCAUCCUUAUGCUAACGGUGCCCCGCAACGAGAACAAUAAGGGGGUGCUGCUCCUAGGGUACUACUUCGUCCAAUGCUUGGGCGCCAUCACGCCGAUGGUCUACGCAUGGUCGGCCCAGAACACAGGCGGUGACACUAAGAAGAAGGCGAGUUCCGCUAUGAUGUUCAUGGGGAUGUGCACAGGAAACAUCAUCGGCCCUCUCCUAUUCAACACCAAAGACGCACCGCUAUACCGCCCUGGUCUCAUUGCCAACUUGAUCAUGUUUGUUCUCGUGGGCAUCCUCGGAUUGCUCAUCCCGCUCUAUCUUAUUUACCUGAACCGAGUUCAUGCUAAGAGGCGUGAAGAGGUUGGCAAGAACGCUAACAUCGUCGACGAGUCGAUGGUAAGGAGGAAGGACAUGCAAGAAGGCAAGGCGGUCGACUUGGACAUGAACGUGCUGACUGGGCCGAGUCUCGAAGACGAUAACGGUCUGAACGACCUGACGGAUCUGAAGAACGAGGAUUUCAUCUACGUCUACUAGGGUCGUAUGUGGUCAUACCGUACCUAGUGGUUAGUACCGGGUUGUAGGGAAUGGCGGUGACCUAUGUUCAGUUACCUCCGUAGCAAGUGGUCCUCUGGGUCCUGAUACUUACCGCGGGUUGUAAUAGCAGGUAUCUUCAUCGAUAGCCUGCCUCUGUAGCCAACGUCAUGUCCAUGGCGUGUCGGGAACGCUGAAUAUAUAAUCCCAUAUUGGAUAUAGAAGAAUUUCCUGCAUUUCGGUCCGCACAGGUUUUGCGUUGACCAUCGCUUCU